CGGCGGGGGAGAUGCGCGCGGGGCGGCUGCGGCCCUCGGGCGGGCGGCGUGCGGCGGCGCGGCAGGCAGAGUACAACGUUUCAAAAUGCUGGAGGUUAUCUGGGUGAAUUUAGAGAUUACAUUUAACGUGUUUGUGUCUUCAGAAAUUCUGCUCCUGCAUUUCAUGAGCUAAAAUAUUUUAUAAAGAUGAAGUUGGAUACCUUUGCUGAUCUCCGAGUUGACCACGUCCUGUGAAUUCAGACAUCUUCUGAAGAAGGAGAUUUAUCAGACACGUGGACUUCUGUUGUUGCCUAAGGACAUCCUUCUCUCUCUUUUUUUUCUUUUUUUUGCAUUCUGAAAGACUAUCUGCAUGAAGAUGGAUUUGCAUUUAGCAUACAGGCUGUUGGGUUAGAUGAGAGAGGACGCUGUUAAUGAAUGACCAACGUUUAUUUCCAUCUGCGUUUCCAGCUUUUUUUUUUUUCUUUUUUUUUUCUUUUUUUUUUUUUUUUUAACACAAAAAUGAAGGACAAGUAUAAAACAACAGAGCUGGUGUAUUUCUCUGAGGCCUUUAUGUAAGCCCCCGUUGUCUGGACCCGGUGCUAAGGGAAAGCAGUCUGCUUCUGAUCAGCUGAUUGUGGCUGAUCUGUGGAAAGAGAACCUUUAAAUUGAAGCAACUUCCAGCUUCUGGCUUGCACAUAAUGAAAGGGAAGAUGAACAAGUUUUACUGGUCAGGGGCAUUUUGCUGAACGAAGAAAGGGAAAGUUAGAUGAUCCUUGUUUAAUUUCAAACCAAGAACUGACCACAUUUUUCUUAGAAUUUGCCUACUAGGGAGAUCUCGACAGUUUAAAUCAAGUCAGAUGUCAGCAAACGACUCUUCUCCCCCAUCCUUACAGAAGUUUUCCCCGCCCACGUGUCAUGCUGCUGCACCACAAACCCCAAGUUUGUCUUCGAGUCCCCUGUCGGGACUCUCCAGCCGUCUCUCCAAUGGCAGUUUCAGCACGCAGAGCCUCACCAACUCCCGGGGCUCUAUGCAUGGGGUCUCAUUCCUUCUGCAGAUUGGUCUCACGCGGGAGACUGUCACCAUUGAAGCUCAGGACCUGUCCCUCUCUGCUGUUAAAGACCUCGUGUGCUCUAUAGUUUACCAGAAGUUCCCAGAGUGUGGUUUCUUUGGCAUGUAUGACAAAAUUCUCCUCUUCCGGCAUGACCUGAACUCAGAUAAUAUUUUGCAACGGAUUACAUCAGCAGAAGAGAUACAUGAGGGUGAUCUUGUUGAGGUUGUUCUCUCUGCUUUGGCUACAGUUGAGGAUUUCCAGAUUCGUCCUCAUGCGCUUUAUGUGCAUUCCUACAAGGCUCCUACUUUUUGUGACUACUGUGGAGAGAUGCUUUGGGGUUUGGUACGACAAGGACUGAAAUGUGAAGGUUGUGGAUUAAACUACCAUAAGCGGUGUGCCUUCAAGAUUCCAAAUAACUGUAGUGGAGUGAGAAAAAGGCGUCUGUCUAACGUGUCUUUACCAGGAGCAGGGCUUUCAGUUCCAAGACCAGCACAAGCUGAAUACACAUCCUCUGCUUCUGAAGAGCGCUGCUGUCCAGAACCUAGUAAAAGGAUUCCCUCCUGGAGUGGCCGUCCCAUCUGGAUGGAAAAGAUGGUGCUUUGCAGAGUGAAGGUUCCGCACACCUUUGCUGUUCAUUCUUACACUCGUCCCACCAUAUGUCAGUAUUGCAAACGGCUGCUCAAGGGCCUUUUUCGUCAAGGAAUGCAGUGUAAAGAUUGCAGAUUCAAUUGUCACAAACGCUGUGCAUCUAAAGUACCUAAAGACUGUCUUGGAGAGGUGGUUUUCAAUGGAGAACCUGCUAGCCCAGGCCAGGAUUUGGACCUGCCAAUGGAGGUUGAUAGCAGUGAAAUGAAUAGUGAUGGUAGCCGGGGUUUGGAUGAUACUGAGGAGUCCUCAACUCCAGAAGACAAAAUCUUUUUUAUGGAUCCAUCUGACCUUGAUACAGACAAAGAUGAAGAAGCUGUUAAAACCAUCAGUCCCUCAACAAGCAAUAAUAUUCCUCUCAUGAGGGUUGUACAGUCCAUCAAGCAUACAAAGAGGAAGAGCAGUACGAUGGUGAAGGAAGGAUGGAUGGUCCACUAUACUAGUAGAGACAAUCUGAGGAAAAGACAUUACUGGAGACUAGACAGCAAAUGCCUCACACUAUUUCAAAAUGAGUCUGGAACAAAAUAUUACAAGGAGAUUCCACUUUCAGAAAUUCUCCAGGUGACUCAGCCUCGAGAUUUCUCAAACAUGGUGCAGGGCAGCAAUCCAUACUGUUUUGAGAUCAUCACUGAUACGAUGGUGUACUUUGUUGGCGAAAACAAUGGCAGCAGUCACCACAGUCCUGUUCUUGCUGCCACCGGAGUUGGACUUGACGUAGCUCAGGGCUGGGAGAAAGCCAUUCGUCAGGCCUUGAUGCCAGUCACUCCUCAAGCUAGCGUUUGCACUGCUGCAGGACAAGGAAAAGAUCACAAAGAUUUAUCUCUAAGCAUCUCUGUUUCAAAUUGCCAAGUCCAGGAGAACGUGGAUAUCAGCUCUGUGUACCAGAUAUUUGCUGAUGAAGUUCUGGGUUCCGGUCAGUUUGGUAUUGUAUAUGGAGGGAAACAUAGGAAGACCGGAAGAGAUGUAGCUAUCAAAGUUAUUGACAAGAUGAGGUUUCCAACUAAGCAGGAAAGUCAGCUUCGUAACGAAGUUGCCAUUCUCCAGAAUUUGCAUCACCCUGGGAUUGUGAACCUGGAAUGUAUGUUUGAAACCCCGGAACGGGUCUUUGUUGUGAUGGAAAAGCUGCAUGGUGAUAUGCUAGAGAUGAUUCUUUCCAGUGAGAAAAGUCGACUUCCAGAACGAAUAACUAAGUUCAUGGUCACUCAGAUACUUGUUGCUUUGAGGAAUUUACACUUCAAGAAUAUUGUGCACUGUGAUUUAAAACCAGAAAAUGUACUACUAGCAUCAGCAGAGCCAUUCCCUCAAGUGAAGCUGUGUGAUUUUGGCUUUGCACGUAUCAUUGGUGAAAAAUCUUUCAGGCGCUCUGUGGUGGGGACACCUGCUUAUCUUGCCCCUGAGGUGCUCAGGAGUAAAGGUUACAACCGCUCCCUAGACAUGUGGUCUGUUGGAGUUAUUGUCUAUGUGAGCCUUAGUGGUACAUUCCCAUUUAACGAAGAUGAGGAUAUAAAUGAUCAGAUUCAAAAUGCAGCAUUUAUGUACCCACCAAAUCCUUGGAAGGAAAUCUCCAGUGAAGCCAUUGAUUUAAUAAACAAUUUGCUUCAAGUCAAGAUGAGGAAACGUUUCAGUGUUGACAAAUCUCUUAGUCACCCGUGGUUGCAGGAUUAUCAGACUUGGCUUGACCUCAGAGAGUUUGAAACACGCAUUGGAGAGCGUUACAUUACCCAUGAGAGCGAUGAUGCACGCUGGAAGGAACAUGCGUAUGAACACAACCUUGAAUACCCCCAGCAUUUUAUUAUGGCUCCGAAUCCAGAUGACAUGGAAGAGGACCCUUGAUUUAUUCAUAUUGCUAAACUGCAGCAAAGGCCGACACUCCAGACCGAAAUUGAAGAUAAGUUUUGGAACAAUUGUCGCUCUUUCUGAAUGCUUUACAUGUAGUUCAGCAUACGGAGCCUCAGAGGAUCCUGUGUUGACGUGGGAAUAGACUGUCAUCUGACAAGCUUUCCUCCAGCUCUGACCUAAACUAUGAGUGGUUAUUGGACAGUGGGAUAAGCCCGCUGGGUAACGCUGCACCCAGUUGUAUGGCUGCAAAGCCAUUACUGAAGUGUGAUGUGUACAGAUGGAAUGCUUUGCAUUUUUCAAGGUUUUCUUUUCUUUUUUUUUUUUUUUUUUUUU